CAUAUGAAGGUGACACUUACUCUUGUUUUUAUCGUAUGAAUGGAAUGAUACCAAAAGAAGAUUUUGGCUCUCAUAUAAUAUUCAAAAUUUACUGGCUCAAUGACUAUUUAAUGGAGCUUGUCGAACUUGGUGUAUCAUCUUCAUGGACAUUAUUCAGACAAGAAAUUUAUUAG